GCUUCAGACUUGAUUAUCACCCCAGCUACGACUUUCAAGGAAAAACCAGACCCCAGUGGUUUAGUAUUUGGAACUGUGUUCACUGAUAAUAUGCUGACAAUUGAAUGGUCCUUGGCUUCAGGAUGGGAGAAACCUUAUAUUAAGCCUCUUGAGAACCUUUCGUUGCAUCCAGCCUCCUCGGCUCUGCACUAUGCUGUAGAAUUGUUUGAAGGAAUGAAGGCUUUCCGAGGAGUGGAUGGCAAAAUCCGCCUGUUCCGGCCAACUCUCAACAUGGACAGGAUGGUGCGAUCAGCGAGACGAGCAAGUCUGCCAUGUUUUGACCAGAAUGAGCUGUUACAGUGCAUCCAGAAGCUUGUGGAAGUGGAAAAGGAGUGGGUCCCAUACUCAACAGCUGCCAGCCUCUAUAUCCGUCCUACCUUAAUUGGAACCGAGCCUUCCCUUGGAGUGAAGAAGCCGACUAAAGCCCUACUGUAUGUCAUACUGAGCCCUGUGGGCCCUUACUUUGCAAGCGGAAGCUUUAAUCCAAUAUCCCUAUGGGCAGAUCCAAAGUAUGUGAGAGCCUGGAAAGGAGGAACAGGAGACUGCAAACUGGGAGGGAAUUAUGGUUCUUCUAUUUAUGCCCAGCAAGAAGCCCAGGAAUUAGGCUGCCAGCAGGUUUUGUGGCUCUAUGGAGAAGAUCACCAAAUAACUGAAGUUGGAACAAUGAAUCUGUUUCUCUACUGGAUAAAUGAAGAUGGAGAAGACGAACUGGCAACCCCACCUUUAGAUGGCAUCAUCCUUCCAGGAGUGACAAGACAAAGCAUUUUGGAACUGGCACGCAACUGGGGCGAAUUUAAAGUGUCUGAGCGAUACAUCACCAUGAGUGACCUGACAGCUGCCUUGGAAGAGAACAGAGUAAAGGAGAUGUUUGGUGCUGGAACAGCUUGUAUUGUAUGUCCUGUCUCUAAAAUUUUAUAUAAGGGCAAG